CUUCCAAUGACUUGGGCAGUUGAUGGAAGUGAUGAUUCAAUUGACAAGAACUUGGCACGUUAACUGGCUCCUAUGAGUUUCAGAAAAAUGCAAGAGUUUAAGUCACAAGUUGUCUCAGAUAGCAAUAAUGUGAAGUUAAAAGAGGAAAUUGAAGAUUCCUACCAGAUGAAGAUUCGAUGUCCAUGUGGAAGCUCAUCACAAACUGAAACAAUGAUUCAGUGUGAAGAUAGAAGAUGCCGCACAUGGCAACAUGUGAGUUGUGUCAUCAUUCCAGAAAAGCCCAUCGAGGGGGGUGCUCUGCCAAAUCCUCCUGAGACUUUUUACUGCGAAUUAUGCAGAUUGAGUCGUGCGGAUCCGUUCUGGGAGAUGAUUGAAAACCCUUUAUAUCCUGUGAAGUUGGCUUUUACUAGUGUUCCUGCAGAUGGCACAAACAUUGAACAGAGGAUUGAGAAAACAUUUCAACUCACUACAGCCGGCAGAAACUUGUUGGCUAAACAGGAUUACGAUCUUCAGGCUUGGUGCUUGCUUCUCAAUGACAAGGUACAAUUUAAGAUGCAGUGGCCUCAGCAUGCUGAUUUGCAGGUCAACGGAAUUCCAGUGCAUUGCAUAGAUAGAACCGGCUCACAAUUGUUGGGUGCCAAUGGUCGAGAUUAUGGUGCAAUAAUCACACAAUGCUCCAGAGAUGGAAUAAACAAAAUUUUAUUUGGAGGACUUGAUGCCCGUGUUUUUUGCUUAGGGGUUAGACUUGUAAAGCGCCGUACUUUCCAACAGAUUCUAAACAUGAUCCGUAAGGAGCCUGAUGGUGAGAUAUUUGAAGAUGCUCUUGCUCGCGUUCGUCGUUGUGUUGGUGGUCGAACAGCCACUGAAAAUGCUGACAGCGACCCUGACCUCGAAGCAGUGGUUACGGAUUUUGUUCCUGUCAAUCUUCGAUGCCCUCUGAGUGGUUCGAGAAUUAAUGUUGCCGGAAGAUUCAAACCUUGUGUCCAUAUGGGUUGCUUUGAUCUUGAAAUCUUUCUUGAAAUGAAUCAAAGGUCGAGGAAGUGGCAAUGCCCCAUCUGUCUCAAGAACUACUCUCUGGACGAUGUCGUUAUAGAUCCAUAUUUCAAUCGGAUCACUUCUCAGCUGCGUACUUGUGGAGAAAAAGUGGCAGAAGUUGAAAUAAAACCUGAUGGUUCUUGGCGGGCAAAGGCAGAUGGGGAUCUGGGACAUUGACACUUACCUGAUGGCAGUCUCAUUGAAUCUCUGGAUGUAUAGAGUCAAUAACCCAAGCCUGGAAUUAAUUCUAUAAAAUACAUUUGAAACAUUAUAUUACCAAAGAACGUUUACAGACCAUUGGUUAAGAAGUGAGAUAAGAAGUCUUUAUAUCCUAGAACUUGGUGGAUAUUUUUAUCGGAUCAAAAUUUUAAUUCAAGAGAAUUAUAUGUUGCUAUUUAA